AUGGGGGCCUGCCUGGGGGUCUGCUCCCUGCUCAGCUGCGUGUCAUGUCUGUGCGGCUCAGCUCCCUGCCUUCUGUGCGGUUGCUGCCCCUCCACAAGGAACUCCACCAUCUCCCGCCUCCUCUUCACCUUCUUCCUCUUCCUGGGCACACUGGUAUCCAUUAUCAUGAUCAUACCCGGAGUGGAAGAGCAGCUGCACAAGCUUCCUGGCUUUUGUGAAGGAGGAGAUUCGAGUGCAGUGAUCCAAGGCCAUGUCAACUGCAAGUCCUUCCUGGGUCACAAGUCUGUAUACCGCAUGUGCUUUGCAACGGCUGCUUUCUUCUUCCUCUUCGCCUUGAUCAUGAUCUGCGUGAGGAGCAGCAAGGACCCAAGAGCAGCAAUUCAGAACGGGUUUUGGUUCCUCAAAUUCCUGAUUUUGAUUGGAAUCACGGUGGGGGCGUUCUACAUUCCCAAUGGAGCGUUCACGUCAGUGUGGUUCUACUUCGGCGUGGUGGGCUCCUUCCUCUUCAUCCUCAUCCAGCUCAUCCUUCUGAUUGACUUUGCCCACUGCUGGAGACAGAGCUGGGCUGGUACGCAGGUCUGUAUGGAGCGCGUCCUGGUAGCCCUCAUCGUCGUCACCUUCAUCCUCUACGCGGUGUCCAUCGCAGCCCUGGUGCUGCUCUACGUCUACUACACCAAGCCUGAUGACUGCACGGUGAACAAGGUGCUGAUCAGCCUCAACCUGAUCUUCUGCGUCGUCGCCUCGGUCGUGUCGGUCCUGCCCAAAAUCCAGGAUGCUCAGCCUCACUCGGGCCUGCUGCAGGCCUCCAUCAUCACCCUCUACACCUUGUUCAUCACCUGGUCGGCCCUGGCGAACGUACCCAACAAGUCCUGUAAUCCCACCCUCCUGGUGAGGAACAGCACGGCCGGCCAGCCGGCUGACGGGCAGGUGACUCAGUGGUGGGAUGCGCCGAGCAUCGUGGGAUUGAUCAUCUUCCUCCUGUGCACACUCUUCAUCAGCCUCCGCUCCUCGGGCCACAGCCAAGUGAACAAGCUGAUGCUGACGGAGGAGAGCCCGGCCGCACUGGGCAGCGGGGAUCCCGGCGGGGAAGAUGGGGUGCGUCAGGCCUAUGACAACGAGCAGGACGGCGUGGCCUACAACUACAGCUUCUUCCACCUCUGCCUCGUCCUGGCUUCCCUCUACAUCAUGAUGACGCUCACAAACUGGUAUAGGCCCAGUGAAGAUUCCCAGGAAAUGACGAGUCCGUGGACUGCAGUCUGGGUAAAGAUCUCUUCCAGCUGGGCUGGUCUCCUCCUCUACCUCUGGACCUUGGUGGCCCCCGUCAUCCUCCCUGACCGAGACUUCAGCUGAAAAGGACACGCAGACAGCUAAUGCUGGACAGUUCAGACUCUCCCAGCCAGACGCCCUGUUGCCAAAGGCCUGUCACUGUGCCUAUGCCUGUAUCUUGGGGAAAGUCCUAGCUCUGGAUGGGUCCCUGGGCUCCUGUUUCUGCACCAAGACCAGUUCCUUGGAAUAGUGCCUUUCUUUGUCUUUUGUUUUAAAUGGGGAGAAGUGCCAAGUAGGGGAAGAAUGUAGCUUGUGUAUGAAGUUGGAAGCACCUGAGGAAACGUUGCUGGGCUUCUUGGCUGUUUGGGGUUUGUUUUACUCUUGUAAAUCUCCAGAUUGGCUUGGCAUUUCAGCGUGACCACCCGGACGCGCUUUUGCAAGGAGGCAGGUGACUCACCUUUGAGAAUUUUUGUUUUAAGAUGCAUGUACAGUGCAUUCUUUGUUUGCCUCACCUUACCCGAGGGAUAUUUUGUAUAAUUCUUGCACAGCCCAUUACCUGUCUAUGGGCCUGCAAAGCUUUCAAUAAAUGGCCAGAAUUCCGGGUCA